CCAAAGCCCUUCCCUUGCUAGGUAGCAAAAAAUGGAAAUGCGACCACUCGCGGCCUCAUUUUAUUUUACGACUACACGUACAACUUCGACUUGGCUAUAAAAAUUGAGUCUGUUUAUUUCAGUUUGAUUUCAUCAUCCCGCACCAAUACAAAAAGAACAAAAUGCGAAAAAUGUUUCGACGACUAAUGCACCUGCAUCUCUUCGCCUUCGCGGCUCUCACGAAGAACUUGGUGAGUUUUCUCGACUUAUUUUUCAUUUUCUGCAACGACAAACACGACCGCGCAAGCGCAACUACUCCCGACCACAUCAAGCAUGAACAAUCCCACCGCGGCGGCCCUUUUAUUUUCGCUUCCGCCGCCCAACUCCUCGUCCAAUCUGCCUACCCGCUCACGAUUGACAAAUACGAGCAUGGCCGACUUUUGCCCAAGGCGAAGCAGGGACUCUAUCGGAGCAUCACGGGCCAAAGGCUCGAGGACUGGAUGAACGUCAGCCCAGACACGAAGUUCAAUUUCUACCCGGAAGAGUUGCUGUACCCGGUGAGGUUUCAGAGUAGUUUCGCUUUCCUGCCGGUUGUCACCGAACAGAAAAAUCGGGUUCUUCCCACGCCAAAACGGAUGAAGCACUUCUACUACGAAGUGGAAAACCCAAGGAAGAAACCCUGGGGGUACCGGAGGCUGGGCAUGCGGGUUGACGCGGUGAUAUGCAGUGCAAAGAAAAGUAUCGUACUCGUAGCAGUAAUCGCAGUACAAGAUCGCUCAGCAUGACAAAUGGAAUUUGUCAUGCUGAUUUGCCUUGGGAACCAGAGUUGUAACGCAUGACUGGGAUUACUACGAGUCGAGUGCGAUACUUUUGCAAUGCAUAGGUGAAAUUGCAUGACGAUUCGUUCCAAAAACACACAACCGUGGACCGGGCGAGAGGAUUGGUGUCGGAUAGGGAAGUAUCCCACGAAAAAACUGUUUCACUGUGGUGAUUUUGCAAUAUCUGCAUCACAAGUUUGUUACGCAUGACACUGAAAAUCUGUCAUGCGGUGUUCCUAAAGGGAAAACACAGCUAGAAAUCCAUUGUCUUGCAUGUGUAGCAUGACACACGCUUCUGCGAUCCAUUUUCUGCAUCACAAGUUCACAGUGAAAAAGUUUUUUCUUGCGAUAGGAAGCGCUGGUUAGUUCUUUGCGGAAACUGCGAGUUGGUGGAGAAGGUGUCCUUGGAGCUGGUGGUGGUAGAACCAGUGGAAAAGAGCCACCAGCACCAACGUCUUGUCAACCCGCAAGCACCUUCGCCUUGCACGUGGAGCACACAGAUCUGGUCCGGUCGAUGGAGGACGGGAGUGACCAGAAGUUAUGCAUUGCAAAAAUGUCUGGGUCUGAAAGGAUGCAAGGUUUGUCAAGCUUGUCUGGCAUGACCAAUGACACCUGUAAUGCAUGCCCUAGCAUCCCAGAUAUUUAGACGGCUUCCUGAUGCCUACUCCGCAUGAGAAAUGGCCUCUCCGCAUAGUACAAACUGGACUCCUCUGGCUGGUCAUGCAAUACAGAUUUUUUUAGAAUCCAGAGAUAGCAUCACAAGUUACCACCUUCCAGACCCAGACAUAUUUGCAUUUGAUAGAAGUACCCCAAGGACGACCACGACCGGUCGUUUUAUUACGAUACGACAGGAGCAGGAGGUCGUGGACCAGGACCACGACCACCUCGUCCUUCCCCAUAUGCAAUGCAAAAGCAUCGUACUAGUAUAAAUCGCAUGACAAAUUCCCUCAGCAUGAAAAACGGAAUUUGUAAUGCGGAUUUCGGUUAAGAGGCAGAUUUGUAAUGCAUGAUUGCGAUUACUACGAGUGCGAUACUUUUGCACAGAAUACCCCAGCAGGAACUACAACUCCCGGUGCUGCUGGUUCUAGUGCAAGUAGUAUCAAAUGCAAAAAUGUCUGGGACUGGGUCUGGAAGAGUGCCAGACUUGUCAUGCAGGUUUUCCAUGACCCAGGAGGUCUGUGAUGCUUGCCGUAGUAUCACAGCUUCUGCGACGGCCUUCUGAUGCUCAUACCGCAUGACAAAUGGAAAUCCCCUCUCCGCGCAGCAAAGACUGGAGCUCUUUUGCUGUUCAUGCAAUACAGAUUUUAUGUGGGGUCCAAAGAUAGCAUCACAAAGUGCAUCCUGCCAGACCCAGACAUGUUUAUUUGCAGUUGAUAAGUAGCGGCGGGAGUAGCGGGUCUACUGGGGGUAGCAGUCCGUGGCUCGCAGCCCGGACGGAAAGAAGACGGGACGCGCGGAUCGUCGGCUUGGGAGGGGGCCACGGCCAGCCUGGAAGUAUGAUAAGCAGUCGUCCUCGCACACCAGGUCUCCUCGAUUCCACCCGCCUGUAUACGAGCAAGGCGCACAGAGAACUCUUCAGUAGGGAGGGGACUGAGAAUCUUUGUCGGGGAGGAGAUGAUGACGGUCUCGAAGAUCAAGCCGCAGCCGUGCAUGAAGAACCCGGGAGGAAGUGCACCCCGAGCAAAACCUCGUCCGCCAGCUCUUUUUUAUCGGUUUCAUCUGAACGAGACCGGGAAAACAAGCGCGAGCUGCAAAGAGAAGACGAGUUUUUUCGCGAGCAGGAAAAACUGCAAUCACUUCACCCCUACGACCGCAAUAUCAAGCACCGCAUCCGGGACGUGUUUGGACUCCUUCCCAACAUGAAGCGGGUCUACACAGUCGCCCGGCCGGCGAGCGGGGGCAAGUUCUGCGUCAUUCUUUACUUCCACGGCAACGGCGAGAAUGUAGAGGAAAGUUACGAGGAGUUUCUGAAACUUGCGGCGGCUAUAUGACUGUGCACAACUCCCCUCCCCCUCAUUUGUCAUGCAAGAUACCCAAUAAAAAUCCACCUUUUGCCUCUUGGUACUGUUUGCAUGACAAGUUCUGGUUGCCAAAAUAGCACUAUGCUUCAGUGUAAAUUUUCUGUCGUGCAAAGCCGGCAUUUUUACUGAUGCCUGUAUUGCUCUUCAUGCAAUACAAAUGAGGGGGACGAGGGGGGGUUGUGCACUGUCAUAGGCUACAGGCUGCGACGUCCUAGCGCCGGAGUAUGCGAAUUACGUUGACGUGGAGGAGGUAUCAAAUGCAAGAGUGUCUGGGUCUGGAAGAAUGCAACUUGUGAUGCUGCAUUUGGAUGUCUAAAAAAUUUGUGUUGCAUGAGCAGCAAAAGGAAUCUCAUUUCUGCUACGCGCCGGAGAGGGCAUCUGUCAAGCGGAAUAGGCAUCAAGAAUCCCUCAAAAAACCUGUGAUGCUAGUGCAUGCAUCACGGACAUCAUGGCUCAUGCAGACCGUGCAUGGCAAGGCUGAGAAUCUUCCAGACCCAGACAUUUUUACAUUUGAUAGGAGGAAAGGGAAAACGAAUUCUGGGAGGAAAGAACUGCAAGCGCUUCGUGGGCGGGAAGAGCUGCUAGUACCACGACAGGAGCUGCGAGUAGUAGUGCUGCGACCACCGCCGGGGUUGCUAAAAAUACUGCAAGUCGUACUACCGCUGCUCCUGGGGUGAUUGUCGAGGAGGAAAGCGACAAAUCAGAAACGGAAUCCGCCUGCUGCGAAAACACCAGCCGGAAGAAGAUGGAAAGUAAAUACAAAAACUCUGUGCCCUACCUGGUGCGGCAGACUGGGAGACUGGCUUUGGACUUUUUGAAAAAUUACUACGACAUGGACAAAAUCGACCUUUACCUGCACGGCUUUUCCAUUGGUGCCUGGAGUGUGGUAUGCAUUGUAAAAGGACUCUCCUACUUGUUGUAGUAAUUGCAGAUAAGUGCAUGACAAAUCGCCUUUCUAAGCUAAAGCAGCAUUACAAAUUCCAUUUGUCGUGCUGCGCAAAUUUGUAUUGCAAGUUUAGCUACUAGUGCGACGCUUUUGCAAUGCAUAUGUGGUUUCCCUUGCGGAAGAAAUUUUGCGGGAUAACGUGCAGCUGCUGGAACACGAGUUUUGGUGGCAUCAAAGAACGAGUUCUGGUGUUGAUGUAGUUGGACCUGAAGAUGAACGUCAUAAUUCGCGGCAGGACAAUUAUGUCCUAGUCGAAGAGGUCAGCAACAGCAACGGGACCACUUCCUCGCAAACGCAAUCACGAGGACCCGGCGGAAAAAGAACCUCUACCUCCGCGUGUUGCAGCUUUGGCCGCGGCGGAGCUGGCUUAUCAAAACGGAACGGGAUUAAAAAUAUUUGCGUAGAAGACGAAGAUGAAGAUGGCAGUAGCCCAAGAUCAGCGUCCUCUUCCUCGAAAAGUGGUUUUUUGUCCGGGCGGGAGUCUAGAAGUUCUGACAACCACUAUCAAAUGCAAAUAUGUCUGGGUCUGGAAAGGUUGAAUCUGUAUUGCGUGUCCACCCUUCCUGAAAAUAAAUCUGUAUUGCAUAAAAGCAACAAAAGCGCCACAGUUUCGUCAUGAAGCAUCGCAGUUUGUAAUGCGCGCUAAGCAUCAAAAAGCGCUUGAAAAAUUUGUUAUGCUACACUGCACUUACAGGCGCACUCAAUCAUGACCAUUCAGCAUUACAAGUUUCGUCCAGGCCCAGACAUAUUUUCACUUGAUAACCACAACGAACAAGCAACUACAUGUUGUGGAGCGGCGGAACCUGCAGGACCUUCUGCUGUGCGUGCCGGGCAUCGGCCCGGAGGAGGCGUUUCUGUAGCUGCCUCGUCGUCCUCUCGUGCCUCCUGUUGCCCUUUUGUAGCUCCGUGGCAAAUAUUAAAUUGGAACCACCACCAGUCCUGCUCUCCCAACGGGUCUGUUUCUUCGGCUGGCACGACGGGACACAGGCUGCUAGGCUUGGGAGAUUACGAGGAAGAGGAGUUGUGCGUUGUCGGUAAUGCAGGUGGAACGAACUCCGGAGGUUCUAGUGCCGGAGGUUCUUGCGGCCCGGAUGCAAGUACUCUUCUACCCGGGACGUCGAUCAGAGGAGGCCCGACACCAGGGUCGUACUACACUACCGCGGAAACUACAACGCCCGGAAAUUUGAAUUUUGAUGUUCACCAUCAACAUGGCAACAUCAUGUCUCGUCCUGAGAAUGCUGAUAUCGAAUACAUCGUUCCGGAUGGGACGCCGAGACAGGAGCAAUUCGUGACAGGAGAAGAAAACCACCGAGGCGGAGACCACAGCUUUUACGAAACAGCACCAACGACCGAGCUGCAAAAAAAUCACCAGCAGCUGCCGCUAACCUCAUUCCAGGGUACAACUAGAACGGCUGGUGGGAAAAACGACACUGGUACAUCAACAGCAUCAAACAGCAACCCAAUCACCCUCCGCCCGCCAGGAAGUGGACCACCGGCGCCAUCGACAGCUGCCUGCUCAUCGUCCUCCGGUCGUUAUUUUUCAGAAAAUAAGUUGCAAAAGAAAAAAAUCAAAAUCUCGGGUAUCAUUCUCGAAAACGCUUUGUCCUCAGCCGAGACGGUGCUGACCGAAGCGUACUCGCUUCCCUUCCAACUCUGUGGCGCAAAAACCGUUUUCGGUUGUGCGGCGCGACAGAUGACCACGAGGACAACUUCUGAAGCAGCUUCAGCAUCUUUCGGCUGUUCAAGGGCAGGAAGAGAACAAAAGCGCCACUGCUCUGAGGACGACGAUGUUGACCUCCAGGAACAAGACGACCACGACGAGAUGAACGACCCGGACUCCUUUCUGAAUGUCGGGAAGAAAUUAGAGUCGAUCGUGAAAUUGCAACAAGCGAAUGAGGACUGGAAGAAGAAAAUCAGAAGCCGUUUGAACGAGAAGGAAAACCAAAAAAUCGACGAUAACCUUGAUCGUAGUACCACUUUCCUGCGAGACCAUGCCUUGAACCUCCUUUUCCUGCACACGCUCAACGACGAGGUGGUCGGGGUGGAAAGUUUGGUGCACAACGUUCAGGCGGUGUUGUCGGCGAUAGCACCGGCGCGAUUACCUGGUGAAGAAAAAGAGGAAUCGGCCACGUUGAUGGAUUCCCGGCUCGCUUUGAAACAACAGUACGCGGAUGAGUAUCAAAUGUAAAAAUGUCUGGGUCUGGAAGAAUGCAUGUUUGUCAUGCUUGUCUGGGAUGACUCUUAAAUCUGUCAUGCACAUUACCCAAGAGCCCAGCUGUUCUGUCAUGCAGAAACGCAGUUUGUCAUGCAGAGUAGGCAACACCUAGAAGCUCAGAAAGUUGUCAUGCUGCGCCAUCGCUUGUGGCCUCCUCCUGAUACGCCACUCAGCAUCACAAGUUUCCAGACCCAGACAUUUUUGCAUUUGAUAAUGAGAUAGACCACGCGAUUUCGAAACACGCUGCGCUCUUCGCAAGACAAAGCUGGCUCCCGAUCCGGUGGGGCGUUUUUGGGGGAGGUGGGCCUCUUGCCGCGAGUAGUACUCCUUUGGACAUCAAGCGAGUAGUAGAUGAAAACCGAGAUAAUAAUUCGGCAGGUCCUACUUCCCACAACAGUGCGGUACGAGCAAAAAACAAUCAGGAUAAACUCGACUUCAUCGACCCGCUCCGCUCCUUACUAUCAAAUGCAAAUAUGUCUGGGUCUGGAAGGAUGCAACUUGUGACGCUACUUUUGGAAUCUACAUAAAAUGUGUAUUGCAUCAUGAACAGCACAAGAUGUGUAAUUUGUGCUACGCGGAGAGGGCAUUUCUCCUGCGGUAUGAGCAUCAGAAAGCCCUCGCAAAAUCUCGGAUUCUCGGGCAUGCAUCACAGACCUCAUGGGUCAUGCAAAAUCUGCAUGACAAACUCCUGCACUCUUCCAGACCCAGACAUUUUUGCAAUCCAUACUUACGGUCCGAAGUGAACGCCGCGCAACCGAUAUGCGAGAAAAAAACUGUGUAAGUGUAACUUUGUAUUAUGCAGAAGAUGCAAUAGAGUUAUACACCUGUCAUGCCAGACAACCACGAAGUCCUCUUUUCAUGUGUGUUUUCCCUUACAAGCCACGCAUGACAGGUUUUCGCUGUCAUGUAGAGCAAAUUUGUCAUGCUAUCAGCCAAGGAAAGUUACACUAACACGGUUUUUUUCUUGGAUAACCGAAAUUCGCGAAGAAGCUAGAAGUGGCCGAGGUUAUUUCGUUGCAAACGGUUUUGUACGAUUACGGGGGACACAAUCGGGUUUCCGCCCCGGUCCGCCGAGGGUUCAUGGUGAACAUUGCGCAGGGGGUUUUGAAUCCGUAAAGGAGUUGAAGACCACUAGAUCUACGUAGCAUUACCAUUAUGCACUUUCAUAAAAUACAAGGAUAGAUGAAGUGAUAGUCGUGGUAAGGAUUCAUUCACGCUCACAAUUUCUACAUACGAAAAGAUGCUUUUUUUCUGAAAAAAUGCACCCUCUUAUUUUUGAUUUUGAGUCUGAAAAUGUAUGGGUAAAAGUUAAUAUCUUGGUUGUGGUUCAAUUACAAUUUGAGUAUAAAGUUGUGUGAUGAAUGCGACCUUUUAUUCGAGACGGGGUGGGGUUGGUGAAGUCGUUCGUAGAAACACAAGGAUAGAGAAAGAAAGAUGCGGAGCCGGUAUCUUUAAAAUGGAAAACAGAAAAAUGAAAAUUGUUAGCUCGCCGUAGUACCAUCGGUUUGCGUAGCCUAUAUAAGAUGCUUGACGGAAAAAAAUCCAAUUGCAC